AGAGGAUUGAGACAGUUAUGGGUGUUUGUUUACAUCGGAGUUCAUCUGAUGUUCGUGUCACAAUACGCUCUUAGGUAACUAUGUAGAAUAUGGCUGACCCAGACGACCCAGCUACUGAUGGUGGCUUAGCCCAAGCGGUAAAUGAGGAGGUGAUAGUGAGUCUUCCUGCCGUGGCAGCAGCUGUGGCAGCGGCUACAACCAUAUCUACAGGAACACACAGCUCCACAGCUUCUCAGGCUACCAUAGCCUCCACACUCUCUAGUUCCUCUACAAUGAAUGCUACACCCCCUCCUGAUGGUGAUGAGGUGGGCGAACGAGGGCCAGGUGACGGGAGAGAGGCAGGGCAGGAGGAGCUUCUGGAGAUCAAUAGUGACGAGGAGAAUGAGCAGUCAUCAUCUACGAACGAUGGCACAAAUUCCGCCGACCCAUCUUCUGAGCGCUCGCACACAGUAGUUUCAGAUUCAAGUACUGAUGGCAGUGGUGGAGGUGGUAGUGGUAAUGCAGGUGGACAGGCAUCUGCGCUCUUGCCCUGGGGUGCAAGGAAGGAGAGGGCGCAGUUCCCCGCAACAGUCCACGUUGACACAGACUUGCGGCCAGGAGAGUUUGUUAUGCGGACCUUAUUUGCUGAGUUCACAGUAAUGGCUGACAAGAAGAUUGAAGCAGUCAUGCAAGACCCUUUGGAGCGGAGUCUGUCAAAGAGCUUGCAGCGAGGUGAAGAUCCAACAUUCGACCAGCUCUUGUUAGCAUUUGGAUGUGUCGCUGAGCAUUGCUUGCCCUCUCUCUUGCGAACCCUCUUUUCAUGGUAUGAUCGCCAAGGAGUGGAAUGGGGUGCAACAGACAGCAAAUAUAAGCAGGAUCCCAGCAAGAGCAAAGGGGUUGAUGCAGGCUCAAAUGUUGACAGAGAAACCAUACAGGAACGCAGAGACCUUGCGGUGGAAUUCAUAUUUUGUUUAGUGCUUAUUGAAGUAUUGAGACAGUUGGCAGUGCAUCCUGGACAUGAUGACCUGGUGCGCCACAUAGAAGAUAUUGCUUUUAAGCACUUCAAGUAUAGGGAAGGUGUUCAAAAUAAUCCCAAUGGUGCCAACAUUAACACCAUUGCUGACUUAUAUGCUGAGGUCAUUGGUGUCCUGGCACAGUCGCGCUUCCAGUCAGUCAGAAGACGAUUCAUGGCAGAACUGAAAGAGCUGCGGGCAAGAGAGCAGUCAUCAGUCACAACACAAAGCAUUACAUCUCUGUUAAUGGGGAUGAAGUUCUUUAGGGUUAAGAUGGUGCCAAUUGAGGAAUUUGAAGCAUCUUUUCAGUUCAUGCAAGAAUGUGCUCAGUAUUUCUUAGAAGUUCGAGACAAAGAUAUCAAACACACCUUGGCUGGGCUUUUUGUGGAGAUUCUGGUUCCAGUUGCUGCUACUGUGAAACAUGAAGUGAAUGUGCCCUGUCUGAAGUACUUUGUGGAGAUGUUGUAUUCUACAACCUUAGACAUGGCAACAAGGAACAAGCACCGCUUACCUAUCUUCCCACUUGUUACUUGUCUGCUCUGUGUAUCACAGAAAACAUUUUUCCUGAGCAACUGGCACUAUUUUCUUGCAAUGUGUCUACAACAUUUGAAAAACAGAGAUCCUAAAAUGUCUCGUGUAGCCCUAGAGUCACUGUAUCGCCUGCUGUGGGUGUACAUGAUCAGGAUCAAGUGCGAGAGCAAUUCAGCCACUCACUCUCGACUAGCUAGCAUCGUCAACUCCCUUUUCCCAAAAGGUUCCAAGGGAGUUGUCCCAAGAGAUACUCCACUGAAUAUAUUUGUGAAGAUCAUUCAGUUUAUUGCCCAGGAAAGACUCGACUUCGCAAUGCGUGAAAUCGUCUUUGACCUGCUCUCUGUGGGACGUCAGAUCAAGAUCAUCAUGACCCCAGAGCGCAUGUCAAUUGGCCUGCGAGCUUUCCUGGUUGUGGCAGACAGCCUCCAGCAGAAAGAAGGUGAUCCCCCAAUGCCCCGCACAGUUGGAGUUCUGCCAUCAGGAAACACGCUGAGGGUCAAGAAAACAUUCUUGAAUAAGAUGCUAACAGAAGAUACAGCCAGAAACAUUGGAAUUUCUGCAUACUACCCACUUGUCCGAAAGUCCUUCAAUGAUAUUUUGAAAGCACUUGAUAGCCAGUUUGGAAGACCACUAAUGAUGACAAAUACACAAAAUGUUAACAAGGAACCUGAUGAAAUGAUCACUGGUGAACGUAAGCCCAAGAUUGACUUGUUCCGAACGUGUGUGGCUGCGGUACCUAGGCUCAUACCAGAUGGGAUGUCUGGCAGAGAUUUAGUGGACAUGCUCAGCCGACUCACUGUUCACAUGGAUGAGGAACUAAGAGCUCUAGCCUUCCAGAGUCUGCAGACUCUUGUUCUGGAUUUCCCAGAGUGGCGGCAUGAUGUCGUAUAUGGUUUUAUCCAGUUUAUUGUCAAAGAAGUAGGGGACACAUCUCCCCAGCUCUUGGAUAACGGUGUCAGAAUGUUGCUACAGAUACUCACAGCUUGGAAGAACGCUCUGACAAAUACCAACACCACAUCCAAUGCCAACAAACGUGAUCCAGGUGUUGGCGAUUUACACCAUCUCCAUCUACACCAGAGAGGAGACCACAGCGAUGUAUUACGACUGGCUGAGGGCUUUGCAUUAGUACUGUUGUGCAGCUGUCGUCAAGCUCCAAGGAGAGUUUCCGUGGCUAUCAUGAGAGAGGUUAAGCAGCUGGCCAAAGUUUUAGGGGAAGAAGAUCCCAUCAACCACCCUGUGAUUGAUGUUAUGGAUAAAUGGUGUGGCUGUGUUGUUGAGAGUGUACUAACACUUCUGCCAGCUGGUGAGAGAUCUGCAGUUGCAGCUACCACAAAUAUUGAUUUACAGUGGCUUGCUGACCGAAGUUCGUCUGUAUGGACAGGAGGCUUUGUAGAAGACAGCAGUGUGAAGAGUGUAAGUGUCCAGCAUCUGCCAUGUGAAGAUGUGUGGGCCUUAGUGCUUUGUGGAUUCAUUCACCACGGGCGUGUCCUGUCUUCCUGCCCCCAAGCCAUAAGCCACGCCUGGCCUAUUGUGUACACGAGAGCAAAUUCUCUCUACUCUAUUGUUGACCCAACACCACUUAAUGACAACCGCGCCUCACUCCUGCGCAGUGCUACCCAGAUGAAGAAGCCAAUAAGUGAGCGAGAUGUGUACAUGAAUCUCUGGAGAAAUUAUGUCGUCCUUGCCUGUCGUGUUGUUCCAGCUAUUACCAAGACCCCUUUUAUUAGAUGUGCGUCGCCCGAUAUUAGUCUUGGAUCUUCCCCAGAUAGCGGAGCUGGUGGAGAUAGAGGAAGUGACCGUCAUAACCCUGGAUAUUCAGUGUCUCCACUCUGCCUGUAUAAGCUCUUGGUGCCUCUCUUGCGCUAUGAAAGCACAGACAUGAGAGAUGCUGUUACUCUAGCUCUGGGGAAGAUCAAUCACAUUGCCUUAAGUGAUUUAAUGGAAGAGCUGCUGCCAUACAUACGUGAAAGUAUUGACAGAAAGCAGGAAAACAUGAGGCGAAGGAAGAGACGAGAUGCUCUGAGAGUGACUUUAGUAAAGUUAUUUGAAAUGAGUGCAGAGCAAGGAACAUUUGCUUUGAGUGAAAGUGUCAUUGAUGGUGAUACAGGAUCUCUUCAAAAGCGCUACCUAGAGUACAUGGAUGGAGCCCGUCUGUACUUGGAGAAUGAAAAUGAUAAGGAUAACACACUACAGCAGAUCAAAACACAUUUUUGCCACUUUGUUCGAAAGCUUAUUGGCAGUUUUUCAUUGGAACAGCGGCAAACCCUUAUUCCACGAGCACUUCGGAAGGACCUCUUUUACCUCUUUGCGUCGUGGAGUGGUGUCUUUGGUGCUCCGUUUGGCUUCAAGAGCCCAGAUUCUGGAAACCGCCUGCCAUCAGAAUUCGAGCUGUGUGCACUCCACGCCUCCAGUGCUGUGCUUUGCUGUGGCCCAUCUUUUGACCCUCAAUUACUGGCAGAUGACGGUAACAUUUAUCAGUGGCUCGAUGCUCUCCUAGGGUCACAUGAUGAAAAGAUCUACGCCCUGGCUCAAGAGACGAUCGUGCUGCUGCUGGAGUUCAACCCAUUCGGGCGCGUGCUCGACUGGGUGGUCGACCGAUGCUACACCGCCACGCCCGAGGUCGCCGACGGAUGCUUCAACGCCCUCGCCACCAUAUUCUCCGCCAGAGAGUACCCGUGCGACCACUACACCGCCAUCAUGAACGUGACUCUCCUCCACACGGGCUGCCCUCGCGCCUCCAUCCACGAGACGGCGCUCCAGCUGCUGCAGGUUCUCGACAAGAGGUUCUUCGGUGCCGUGACGCCCCUCGUCGGCGAGGCUGAAGGCGAAGCGAGUGAUCGUGUACGUGGGCCGAGCGCGCCCCGACCGGCUGGUGAGGAGCUCAUGCGGAGAUGGCACCGUCGAGACCCUCAAUUGUGUCAUCGAGCGAACGGAGACCCCGCCUUUUUUUAGGUUAACUUCCAUGAGAAAAACCUCAUCUCAUGGGGAAGGGGGAGGUGUUGGGGGGAGUGGUACCCCCCAGGAGCAGGAUCCAUCGGAAAGGGGAACACUGCACACCAAGAGGCACUCCGGAGACCACCAUGAUCUGCCCAGGGAGAGAUACUCCCCUUUAGUGUCAAGGGAGCAGCGAAGUGCUCCAGGCUCCCUUCGUAGUGUGUCCAGCAUCGGGUCUGGAGUAUCAAGUGUUAUUGCUGUCGAAAGCUCAGCAGCUGCGUCAACAGCUGCUACAACAGCUAUCAAUAUGAAGUCAAGGCCAAACUCCUCUCUGGCACCCAAUUCUCUCACUUCCAAUGCCCAGGAGGAUCUUAUUCCGACUACUGUUGAGGUUACUGUCCCACAAGAGGAUAACUUUGCAGUGUUGCGUGCCCAAAAUAGCAGUAUUAAUGGGGGUCCCCCUGGAGUGAUGGUAGGGGGAAACGUUAUCUCUGGCACAGAGGAUGCAAGUGAGCGGUAUGAGCCACCUCAGCCACACCCUUUGCCAAUGCCUGAAUAUGGGGGUUAUUUUGCUCCACUGACGGAAUAUUUACCCGACAGCUCGCAACCAAUCACUGCAUUUCACAGAUGUAAUUUGGCAGUGAUGCUGAUUUGUGAUGUGAUUGUAGCUGGCAUUGAUGUUGACUGCCACAGUGUUGACUGGUCCAUCCAUGUGCCCCUUAUGUUACACAUUAUCACGCUUGGUUUGGACCACUCUAGGCCGUUAGUUCAUCAGCAUUGUAAGAUUUUGCUCGUCCAUCUUUUGACUGUCGUAGCAGACCACCGAGAUCAUCUUGGUGUGGCACGUGUCCUCCUCAACAACAAGACAACACAGUUAGGCUAUGGACUUAUUCCUAAUAAUAUCUUUACACAUAACAAAAACUUCACAGAGGAACCACCUACCGACCCCACCCCACCUAUUGUGGCUGCCCCCCCUGGUUUCGAGAACCCCCCUGACAACAUGAGUGACGGAGGUGCACCAGUUGGACCUGUGGAUGACCACGCAACUCCAGUCAUCAUAACAUCAGAUGACAAUGCUGACACAGUAUCUGGCUCAUCUGCCGUGGGAGUUGAUAGUGUUCCCCAGGAUGACUUGCAGUAUAGCAUCAUGGCUCUUAUUGAUUUCAUUGCCUCAAGCAAGAAUCAGCCACUUUGGACUUACGAAGACAUCACAUCCAAGCAGUUCUCGAUAAAGAGUGCUGAUCAGUUGACCAACUAUGUCAGACAUGUUGUUACAGUGUUCAACAACUCCCUUCCUCACACACACAUAGAGGAGAGAUGGGCCCAAAGAGCUCUUCAUUUAGCUCUUUCCUGUUCCUCCAGACAUUAUGCUGGACGCUCUCUUCAAGUAUUUAGGUCGCUACACGUAUCCAUGUCAUCGCGCAUGUUGAGUGACUUGCUGGGACGUCUGGUGGAGACUGUUGCUGAGCAAGGGGAGGAUAUGCAAGGAUAUGUUACUGAACUUAUGCUUACACUGGAGUCUGCUGUUGAUGCUUUUGGAGAUUUUAGACCUAUUGAAUUUGUGCGUGAGCUGUUCAAGUCAACGCCUAAUCUGAACAAUAAGGAGCGAAAAGGACCUCUUGGUUAUGGCAUGAUGGGUCACUUCUAUGGUACAGGAUACCCACCUCCUUCAGCCCCUCUCUCUCCAGGGGGGCACAUUCGCUCUACUUCGUAUUCAAUUUCCUAUGGUAGAGGAAAACCAAUGGCGUCUCCUACUGCAGAUAUUAAAGUGCAACCAGAGAUGAGAGGUAGAAGUGGCACAGAUGUAGACAGUCGCAUGAGACAACAACAGCAACAGCAGCUCCAGCAGUCCAGUAAUUUGUCUCGAUCACGUUCUGCCCAGUCUCUUAAGCAGCUAGCAGAUCAGAGUUCAGCAGAUGAUAAGAUGACUGUUCUUGCACAGUUGUUUUGGAUUGCUGUGUCUAUGCUGGAGUCAGACUACGAAUAUGAAUUUAUUUUAGCCAUGAGACUCCUCGACAAGGUGCUUACACGUCUGCCACUGGACCGCCCAGACUGCAGGGAUAAGGUGGAAAAGUUGCAGCAGCAGUUGAAGUGGAAAGAGUUUCCUGGUGUUCACGCUCUCCUUCUGAAGGGAUGUACGUCAGCUACCACAUAUGAACCAACAAUUACGCUCCUUACACGAUUUACACAACUGACAGAUCUGCAGGUUGUUGAUCCAACACAGAACCGUUCCUUUGCCAUAAAUGUCAUUGCGAUGUUGCCAUAUAUGUUGCAAAAUUAUGAGGAUGCAAAUGCACUUUGUAUCCAGUCAGCUGAAAAUAUUGCACAGGUAUGCAACAAGAAAGGUAAACAAUUGGAAAACCUAGCAACAGUCAUGACACUGUACAGUCGCCGCAACUUCAGCAAAGAAAGUUUCCAGUGGACAAAAUGUGUCGUCAAAUACCUACAUGACUCAUAUGCCAGCCUCUCGCUUAGCCUGAUGGCGUUUUUGGUGGAGGUGUUGGAAAAAGGACCAGCAAGUGUGCAAAAUCCCAUUCUCAAUAUUCUGCACUGCAUGCUCCAUUACAUUGACAUUAAUACAGCAGCUGCCCAACUAGUCAAUGGGGAUCUAUUGAGGGUCAUUGCUAAAUACAUUGAGGGAUCUCACUGGAAAGAAGCCCUCAGGAUCUUGAAGAUGGCUGUGACACGCUCAUCAUCCCUUGUCGUUCCUCCUGCCUCCUCUCAUACACAUUAUUGGGAUCACCAUGUCUUUGCUGAUAUUGAAUCUCAUUUCAAGAAGGAGUUGCCUGGUCGCACAAUGGAGUUCACAUUCGACGUAAGCCAGACCCCUGUCAUCGGUCGUCGUUAUCUCAAGGGCUCUGGGAUGGUGGUCCUCCCUGGCCAAAUCAGCGCUGGGUCAUCUACUGUCAGUUCUGCAACAAGUGACAGUUUGCAGGAUAGGGAACAGGAACGAUCCGUAAGUGACAGCGCAGGUGCAAUGGGUAUUGACCGAGCUGAAACUUCAUCUCCACGUCGCAGUCUCUCCCUCUCAGCAGCAGACACCAACAACCUGGCGGGUUGGAAACGACCAUGGUUGUCACAGGCACGUGUAAGAGAGUGCUUAGUGAACCUCCUGAACACUUGUGGCCAGCGUGUGGGUCUCCCCAAGUCUCCGUCGGCUGUAUGGGUUUCUGUACUAACUCAGCAUGAGACUUCUAAACAGGAUGGCAACAUCAGUAAGGUGAUAUUCAGUCAAAGCUCCGAGCUAGAGAGACAAUCGUCAAUGGCCUCAUCGACCGAAGAAGUGUCAGUCGCCCCAGGGGACACAACAAACGACCGCACGGCUGAUGACAUGACUUCGUCCGAGAAGCAGUUCGCAGUCUUCAAGGACUUUGAUUUCCUUGAAUACGAGCUGGAGAGUCAGGGGGAAGAAAGUGUGGACAACUUCAACUUGUGGGGUGUGCGUCGUCGCUCCCCAAACAAUCUUGGGGAUGGUGAGCCUUCCAGCCACAUUGAUGACGCACAGAGUUCAGAGAUGACCCCAUCGCACGUCAAGAAGCCAACCCCCCCUGCUGACCAUGAGUGGUGGGAAGAAGAGGGUUCCGUAUCACCUGUAGAUGAUCCUGCCAUGGGCCCCAGUGAGCGGUCAGCAGAACCCUUGAUCCACCAUGCUCAGCCUGCUGCAGCUCCUCAUACCACCAUAGCACCCAAGCUAACCCUUGAUACCAUUGCUGCACGCAGACCUGCCUCACCCACAUCCAUGUCUGAUCACAGUGAAAGCAGUGAUGGUGAUCUAGGUGACAUGACUCCUUGCAAUGCAUCUCCUAGUAUUGCUGCCAUGCUUUUCCGCCCAAUCCGACAGCCCAAUGAUUUAGAGGAUGCCUGGCGUGCCCACCUGUUGUCUCUCAUGGCAGCUGAUGCCCCCAUUCCACAUCCCACCAGGACUUGUACACUCUACAACACUGUAUUUUCUGAAUGCGUUGUUAAGUUUACUGAGCUAGUGAGUGAGAGCAGCCACUACCUGGGAGAGAAUGGUGAGAUGAUUCCACUUGCUGCUUCCUUCUUGCAUCAUAUGGAGACCGUUGGAUAUCUAGCACCUCUAGCAUACGUGUAUGUAGACGCUACCUUAUUGGGAAGUACACAGCUGAUGCAGCGAUUUAGGUCAACAUUCAUCGCUCUCCACGAACACCUUGACACAUACCUAGACAAGAGGGAGAGUGCCAUUGUUUGUCUCGAUGGUAUUAAGUCGACGCUCAAGCUCCAGAAUCUUGGUGAGAGUUUACCAGAACUGUGUGCAGACGAACAGCACAUUGACCUGUGUCGCUGUUUGUACAAGCUGCACUUCCAGCUCUCUCUUCUCUAUGACACAUAUGCCAAGUUUAUUGUAGCAAUGCUACAUGCUGCCAGAAACAGCCAGGCUAGUGAUCAUAGCGUGGAGCUGAGUGCACUGCAGGGAAAACUCAUGGCUGCAGCAGAGCAGAUCGAUGCCACCCCCCCAACUACCCCCACUCGCAGCUCUCACUCCUUGCCACCAGAAAGAGAAUUGCCUGAGGGAGAGGAGGGAGAAUGUGAGAGUGUUGGAGGAGAGGAGAGUGAAGGAGGAAGCGCAUGUGAGAGCAGUAUCAGUCGUGCAGAAGGAGGUUCCCCUGUCAGUUCCUCAUCCUUGGGAUCCCAGUCUCUGGAGCUUCCAGUUGCCCCCCCAGGUUCUCGACCAGAAGCAGAACGACAG